AUGCGCAGCUCCGAGGAGGUGGCAGCGGCGGAGGGUUCAGGCGCGCCGGGCUCUUCCCCGGAGCCCCCCGGCGGGGCAGGAUCGGGGGGAUGCGAGGUAGGCUCGCGGCCGCACGACUCGGAAGGAGACGGGCGCACGGCGGUGCAGGUCACGGUCACGCCGAUGCCGCCGCCGCCGGCUCCGGAUAAAUCGGCGGCGCCUGAGGCGAGGGCGGAGAAUUUGGCGGCACCCACAGCACCGGAGGCGAGAGCAGGGAGUGUGACGGCAUCGGCGGCACCUGAGGUGAGAGCGGAGAGUGUGGCGGCAUCCGCGGCGUCUGAGGUGAGGGCGGAGAGUGUGACGGCAUCGGCGGCGCCUGAGGUGAGAGCGGCGAGUGCGACGCCAUCGGCCGCACCUGAGGUGAGAGUGGAGAAUUUGCCUGCGACUGCGCCUGCGCACCCGCAACCGGGGCCGAGGCCGAGGCGGCGGUGGUGGUCGGGGAUCCCGUGGACGAGGCUGGUGCUCGGAGGCCUGCUAGUGGCGGCGGUCGGCUAUGCCUUCUACAAAUGGGGGCUCCCCCUCUUAUCAGACAAGGUGCUCCUGCCGAUCAUGCGAUGGGAGGCGACAUCUUUCGGGCGCCCGGUGCUGGCCCUUGUGCUGGUCAUGUCCAUGUCCGUCUUCCCUACCGUGUUCCUGCCUUCUUUCCCGUCCAUGUGGUUGACAGGGAUAAUAUUCGGCUACGGCCUGGGCCUCUUGAUCAUCCUGGUUGGCACCGGCAUAGGCAUGUCCAUACCGUACUGGAUCGGCUCGCUGUUCCUCCAUCGCAUUCAUGGAUGGUUAGAGAAGAAAUGGCCUCAGCAGAUGGCUCUGAUCAAACUGGCUGGGAGAGGGGGCUGGUUCCAGCAGUUCCGGGUGGUUGCGCUGUUACGACUCUCGCCGUUCCCUUAUGUGAUGCUCAACUAUGUUGCAACCGUCACCCAGAUCAAGUUCACCCCUUACAUUUGUGGCUCGGUUGUUGGAAUGGUACCUGACGCGUUGGUCAACAUCUACAGUGGCCGGCUGAUUCUCGCACUGGCGGACCUGAAGUAUGACCAGCGUCGGAUGACAACAGUGGAGAUAGUGUACAACGUCAUCUCUGCCAUCGUCGCCGUUCUUAUCGGGGUCGGGUUUACGGUCUACGCGAGAAGAGCCUUGGAUGGCAUACAAAGCGCGGAAGGCGCGCAGCAACCUGAACCUGCUGUCGUCCCUGCUGUCCCGGCGCCGGAGCUCAGUGAUCGCCAUCGAAGUUCCAGCUCUGUGCCAGUUGAUGUUGUGUAGUGGCAUACUGGCAUGCAGUGGAUUCUUUAACCGGAUGAAGAACUGCAGGUGGUUGAAAGAUCCAGCCAGGGUUUUACAGAAUGUUCUGCACUCUGCCGCAGCACUUGUGUUGGUUGGGUCGGGUGUGAAAGAUCAAGACUUCGUGGGUUCUUUCUUCUAACCUGGAACAAUGUGGAUUUACCUGACCGGAUUUAUUCAGUUGGAAAACAUACACGAAUUGCAGAAGGAAAACACGGUGACGGUUAGGCUCCGCCUGGUGUCGCGGUAGCUUCUCAUAAGCAUUUGUUUCAUUUUGUGAAUAUAUGACAGUUAGAAAGAUCUCUUUCUUAGAAAUAACAGAGAAUUCUUGCUUGGAUUGGUGUAGA